UGAUGAGCGUGGUCUUUUCGUGGAGUUUAUGGCGUCAAAGAAGUUUAUGGUGACCGCCCGAACAUGGACUGCGGCCGAGGGAUGUUUUGCCCGUUUUGUGGCAAACACAUGAACAGCUUAACGCGGUUUUGCUUUACGUGUGGUCGGUGUUUGGAGUUUUUAAAGGACGCGGACCAGACAUACUGCAUCAUUGCGUUCAAUAUUUUAACGAGGGUCACUCGUACGCUGUAAUCGUGGACAUGAUGUCAAGUCUACACGGUGUAAACAUCAGCUUGAGGACUCUUAAAAGUAAACUGAACGAAGCCGGGUUGUACCGCAGAAAGGAUUAUUCCUCGCCAAACGCCGUGAGUAACGCCAUCAGAUUUGAACUUCGUGGACCUGGACAACUACUCAAUGGGACCUAACUAUAUGUGGCACGCAGAUGGUUAUGACAAACUUAAGCCAUUCGGUUUGGCCAUUUCGGGAUGCAUAGAUGGAUUUUCACGUAAAGUAUUGUGGCUUCAAUGUGGACCAACAAAUAAUAACCCAACAGUGAUUGCUCACUAUUUCAUGUCAUGUGUGCGAAACCUCGGUGUCAUCCCCAUGAGACUGAGGACUGAUUGCGGCACUGAGAACGGCAUAAUGGCUGCAAUUCAAUGUACCCUACGCCACCAUCACAGUGACUACUACUCUGGAGCUUCCAGCCACAUGUACGGCUCAUCUAUAAAUAACCAGCGUAUUGAGUCCUGGUGGUCUAUAUUUAGAAAGGGAAGGUCUCAGUUCUGGAUGGAGUUAUUUGCCGACCUUAGAGAUGCCGGAUACUUCAACGGGAGUCAUGAGCAUCAAUGCCUAUUGAGAUAUUGCUUUGGUGAUGUUAUUCAGAAGGACUUGGAUGAGUGUGUGAGACUGUGGAACAGCCACAGGAUUCGCCCUUCCAGAACAGCAGCAUGUCCAGGAGGAGUGCCCAAUGAACUCUACUACUUACCACACAGGUUUGGCUCCAGAGACUGCGGAUUUCAAAGUGAACAAGCUGAACUGGAUGCCCUUCCUGAGGCUAGCCUGUCAAUGACUCCUUGUGGGGACCCAAACAUGCAGGAGUACUUGGACUUUGCCAUGGAACACAAUCAGUUACAGAAGCCAGACAACUGGGAGUCUGCAUCCGAACUGUACAUGAAACUAAAAGAAAUGGCAUAGCUAUGAAAUGAUCAAAAAUGGAGGGUUUUUUGUAGUGGUGGAAUACUGCUGUCUGUCUGAACACAAUAUUUCUGAAUCUGUCACCCAAAGCUUAAUUGUUUUUAAGUGUGAAGUAAAUUAAUCAAAAAUAGUAAUCAGUAUUUAUUACACUUUUGUAGUAUUGAGAGUAAUGGAUCUAAAACAUUUUCAAAAUGUUUACUGUGAGAAAAGAACAUGCUCACAUACAGUAACAUUAUAAAAACAACUUUAGCAACUGCACUUUAAAAGUGCACCUUUAAUAGGGUUGGGCAUCAAGAACCAAUUCCUACUUGGAAUAGUUUAAAAAAAUACGAUUCCAUCGGAAUUGUUUCUUUAUUGGAAUCGUUUUGGAGGAUUGGGUUUCAAAUCUGAUCAUGGGUUCCAAAUUUAACAUGCGCAAGUUUUGGUUUCUGUAGCGGCCAGGUGCUUGUUGUGUUGCAGCCAUGGAGCACAGUAAGCGGUGCUCUAGUGUGGCUUUAUUUUACAUUGAAAAAGCCCCGUCAAACUGCAACCCACCUUUGAAUCAAAAUAAAACUUUCCUCUUAUUUGUGAAAUAAGCAUGUGACCCGUUUCAACUCCACCACUCAAAGAAUCGGAAUCGAGAAUCGAUAACAACUGGAAUCAAAAGGAAGAAUCGGAAUUGGAAUCAGAAUUGUUAAAAUCUAAAUGAUGCCCAACCCUAACCUUUAACAACAACAACUUUUUCAGAGUCUUGGGAACGCAGAGUCCUCCAGGAACUCUAUUUGUGGCAGUGGUUCCAAGCCAGAUGGGGGAAGUGAAGACAGCCCAGUAGCAAACAUCAAAACAUCUUCCACAGACACAGCAGCCUGGCCUUCUGCAAAGAAAAACAAUUCAGAUACAUCACUGCCAUGUGUUUUCUUAACUAGUUAUAAAAAACAAACUAACAAACCUUCACAAUCAAGGAGAUAGUCUGCCCAGUAGGCCAUGGUUUGACUUUCUUUAAGUCUUUGAUUACUCCCCGAAGGACUGAGGUCAGGUUUGAAGAGUCUCAAGUUCAAAAGUAGUGAGUCGCCUUUCAGAGUGGCACAUGACAGGGGCCAGCAAAGUAGGGUGUUGCUGUAGUGCAGUCAAAAACUCCAGGGUUGAAAGACCAUCUCUGAAUCUACAGAGUGAACACAAACAUUGUUUCACUGCUGUGUAGUGCCAAUUGAAUUUAAAAUUAUCUAAAGAAAACUAUUAAAUAUUCUCUUCUCUACAA